AUAUAUAGUGCUGACAGGUGUUUUCAAAUGACACACUUUUCAUUAUCACAUUAUUUUAUUUUCUUCAAAGAAAGCAAUUUCACGUAUAAAAGCACAGGCGCACGCCAAGUCAAGCAUUGUAUCUUAAUUGAAUCAAAGAACUUUACGAAAAUGAAAUUCGCUCUCUGUUUCGCACUUGUCGUAGCCGUAGUGGUAAGCGUAUCUGCUGACGCCGGACGUUCUGCUUGCCGUGAUCGUGUUGAAAUCGGCCAAACCUACCAACAUCAUUUCGAUCCGGCCAAGUAUUGGUAUUGCGAAACUUUCGGUGAACCCGCUGUGGAGAAGGACUGCCCGCACGGUAUGGCUUACAUGCACUUGUUGAAAGAAUGCAUUCCAUGGGCAAAUUACCAAUGGAAGCCACUUGAAGAUCCACCAACCUUGGCUUAAAUGAAUGGGUGCGAAAAUAGGCGUGUCUUGUUGUAGUUGUGGAAAUGAAAUAAAAUAAAAGCGAAAAUGUAAAAUCCGAA